AAGGGAUAAAUUGCAGGAUAAACGUCGACCACAUGUAACACCAUGGGGGUGGUGACGGCACAGUCUUCUUCUCUUCGACCACUCCAACUCCAUACUCGCAGCAUCACCUGCAAUUCCUUCUUCCCGCGGCGGCUCUACAGAUUGCGGGGGAUUGCUAGGCCUUCAACAGGCUCCAAUGCCGUCGCCUUCCAGGUUAAGGCGUACAUGGACGAGAGCAACUCCAUUUCCGGCUUUGCUAACAAAGUUAUCGGUUCACUCCCGGUGAUCGGACUCCUUGCCAGAAUCGCCAGCAACGAGGGAGGCGUCGGCGGCGAUAUAAUCGAUUUUGCUGAGUUCAGAAGGAGAGUAGGAAACAAGUGUUCCGUUAAUGAUUCCAGAGCUUUCUAUGAUUUUCAAGAUCGGAGAGGCCGGUCAGGGGAUCCUCUUUACGUGUUAUUAUGCUGCUGGCUAGCGGCAGUCGGUGCCGGACUGCUGAAAUCCGAGGAGAUUCUAGAGGGAGUUGCAAGGCUUCGAAUAUCAAACGAUAUUGAGCUGGAAGAGCAAAAUUUCAUGGCGAUGAUGAACGAAGCCAGAGAGAAGCGGGCGAAACUGAGAGCUCCGGCGCCGAGCAUACCUAUGGAAAUCCGAGCCGAGAAAGCUCUGGACGCGGUUUAUGUCUGUUGCUACGGCGAUGAUCCUAUGGAAGAAGAAGAUCAACGGCUGCUGUGUAUCCUGCUCGGAGCUGUUUUUCCUACAGUGAACAAGGCAGAGAUUGGCCGUAUUGUGAAAGAGAAGGCGAAGCGAAUCGCAGACGGGACGGACGAACUCCAAUUCCCAAUGCCUAAGCCACUAUCAAAAGAAGCUGUGCAGGCGCAGUUGAAGGAUUUGGAAUUUCUUAAGCAACAACGACAGACAUAACAAGCUAUGAUACCAGGAAAAUGUAACAGAGAUCUAUGCAACACAGAAUACAAUCUUCUUUCUUCAUUUAUUCAUUACGAAAUAGACAAACACAACUGGUUUUGGUAGCAAAA